CACUUGACAUUGGACAUGAACAAGACCGAGGCUCCCUCCACAACCAUAGUCCUGCCAUUCAAAGAAGACAUAACGCUGACAGAGAUGAUGCGUCUACGCGUGUCGUCUCUUCAGCGGUCAGGGCAGAAGCGCCAGGAUGGCGAGCGUCUGCUUCUUCCCCAUGAGGCCGUAUAUCGGCUGGACUUCCACAACCAGCAGCUGACCUUCUCCCGCUGGUAUUUCUCCCUCUCUGGCCAUGGUCGUGUCACCAUCACUGGUAUUUGCCAGCUCUGGACCCCUGACCUCACCAACUUGAUGACGCGUCAGUUAAUGGAACCCAUUGGAACAAUCUGGCGCAACGCUGGCGACCCAGAGGAUUCUCCGCUCAAAUACCUGGAGGCGGACAUGCAGGAGUUUGGUGAAAGGAUUGCAGAGCUCGCAAAGGUCAGGAAGGUCAUGUAUUUCCUGUUUGCUUUCAAGGAUGGAGCAGAGGCAGCAAAUCUCAGCUGCUCAGUGGAGUUCACACCAGAGAAAUGA